AUGUCGCUGCUGUUGCUGGACAAGACAGCAGAGGAUUUCCCAGUCCGGGACACCAACCAGAAGCCUUCAGUGAUCACAGCAAUACAAGAUGUAUCAACUUCUGCUAACUUCCUCGUCAAAGCCCAUCCUCUGAAGGCCUCGAUGAAAGCGUCGUCGGUAUCUCUAGCAAGGACACGGCGUCAGAUAAGCCGGGUGAGCCGGACAGAGCUGGAAGAUGGGUUUCUGCGGCUUCAUGAUGAAAACCUGCUGCUCAAGGAUUUUGCCCAGAAACAAGAGGACAGAAUCAAGAGAAUGGGUACCAAACUGUCAAGACUCAGCCACGAGAGAGCACAAGCCAAUGAGAAACCUGGGAUCUGGAUCCGGGGCUCUGGCCGGAACCUGGACCUGGAAGACACACAGGAACGAGUUCGGGAACUCGAGAGGCACAACGAAGGUCUGAAGAGCCGCCUGCUCUUCUACAAGCAGCAACUGCAGCUGCAGGGCUGCGGCCGUCACUGCCCCUAUGGCUCCAUCCCUCCCAGGGUCAACACAGGACUUAGGCGAGUUCACACAGCCACCGGGCGAGUGCCCGAGAGACUACGCAAAGGAAUGCGGGUGCAAGGACCAGAAGUCAGGCCAACCCGCACAGCCCCUCCCAGAUACGGGGAUCAUGUGCCACAGGGAUCCCAAGCAGAGACAGAGAAACGGUGAGUCUUAACCCACAGCCUGGUGAUGUCUGAGCUAGAAUUGGACCCAGAAACGCUGAGUUCCGUGCAGGACAGAGAGACUGAUCCAGAAAGCAGCUGGUCUCAGCAGCGUCAUCAAGAGGCCCAAGCACGCCGAACUGCCAUCCAAGACAAUGUGGAGCUGAUCCGGCUGCAAAAGCUGCUGAGGGUGAAGAAUUCAGAACUGGUGACUGCUAAAGCCCAGAUGACUGGCCUGCAGGAAAGUUAUGAGACUCACCUUCACAAGAACCAAGAGACGCUGAGGACAGCCAGUGAGGCCUUGCUGGCUCAAGUUGAGGAGCUGAGCAGCCGACUCAAGGAAGAGACCCAGAAAGUGAUGGCCCUGGAGACACAAUUGGAGAUCCUUUCGCCAUUGCAGGGGACACUAGAAGAGUUUCAGGAGAGAGUCCGGGACCUGCAGAAGGAGAGAGACUUGCUGAAGGAAGAUUAUGACAAACUGCUGGAGAGCUGCAUCAAUACCGCCCAGCAAAACCUGGACGAGGUGCCCCAGCGGGACAAUAUUUCUUCUUUGGAAGAGCAGCUUAGCUGGGUGAUGACAGAGAAGCAGCAGCUUCGGGAACAGUUGGAAGAGGAAAGAGCUCAGAAUGAGGAACUGAAGCAGGAAGUGAACAAGCUGCGAGAGCUGGCACAGGAAACCAGGGAUGUCAAAGAAGUCGACUCCUCACACGAGAAGGCGGCCAUCUUGGAAAACCAAAGUGUGGAGCAAGAGCCUCGGUCCAAUCCUGUCCAGCUCCCUUACAUGGAGUUUCUGUCAAGAGAGACAGAGCAGGAGGAGGCAUUUGUCCAACGUAGCCUGAAGCGCAGGCUCCACGAAACAGAGGCUGCCCACGCAGAGACCAUCCUGGAGUUAGAGAAAACCCGUGACAUGCUUAUCUUGCAACACCGCAUCAACCGGGACUACCAGGUGGAGCUAGACGGGGUGGUGCAGCGGUCUGAGCAGGAGAAGCAGGAUUACGAGGAGAAAGAGCAGCGCAUGGCUCGACUCCUGGACCUGCGUGGCGCUCGCAUCCACCAGCUAGAAGCACAGUUGAAGGAUGUGGCCUAUGGGACCAGGACACUCCCGUUUCUACCAGAUGAGACUGACAUGGCCACGGGUGCUGACCCUGAUGGGAGCCCACGUCUACAACGUGGCGAGAACCUCUUUGAGCUCCACAUCUCCGGCGCAGUGCUGUCAGCUGAGUUGCUACAUUUGCUGGGAGACCCAGAGCCUGCCACCUUUUGCACGUACGCCUUUUACGACUUCGAGACCCACUGCACCCCCGUGGUGCACGGCACACGGCCCCGAUACGACUUCACCUCCCAGUACGUGGUGCAGGCUGAGCCUUUAUUCCUGCAGUACUUGCAAGGGGCCACCGCCCGCCUCGACCUCCACCUCGCUUCCGCCAUUGACCACACCACCCUGGCCUCCUGCUGGUUGCAUUUUGGAGAAGCGCUGGGGAGUGGGGAGCAGGUGCACUCCACAGCGGUGCUACAUGGUCCUAACGGUGAGGACUACGGCUUUCUGGAGUACUGGAUGCGGCUUCGCUUUCCCAUGGAGCAGAUCCUGAGGCUGCACCGCCAGCGUGCCAAGGCCUUGGGCUACCUAUCUGCGGGAGUGCCACGGGCUCCAAUCGCUCAAGAGGGGGUCCUGGGUGCAGGAUGGAAUGAGUUCUGCGUACGGAUUGAAGGCUGCGCCAGCCUGCGCAGUCGCUGGCUCGGCUCUCAGCCCAGCCCCUAUGCCAUGUACCAGUUCUUCACCUUCCCAGAUCAUGACACCAUCAUUGUCCCUUCGAGCAACAAUCCCCACUUUGGAGACCUGCGCACCUUCCCUUUGCGGGUCACGCCGGAGCUGCACCAUUACCUGCUCCGGGAGAGCUUGUGGGUAUAUGUGUUUGACGACGAAGACGUGGAACCUGGGGGUUACUUGGGCAAAGCCGAGAUCCCACUACUGCCACUAGCACAUGGACGCAGUGUUGCAGGAGACUUUGUGCUCACAGACCCGGCUGGAAAGCCUAGUGGUUCCAUCCAUCUGAGCCUGGAGUGGAAGCUUCUUUAUGCACCCCCGGAGGAUGUCCUCCAUCAGUUGUCCUUGGAUCGGGAGGCCCAUCGGUCUUUGGAAUUGCAAAUUGAGAAGGAGCAAGCUGCACUGCAAAGCAAGCACCAGAGGAAGAAGCCACGUCUCUGUCUGCCUGAACCUGAGGAGAGCCUUCGGAAGCAUGCCAAGUCAGAAAUCAGAACUGGAGGAACAGCUCAUGUGAGUUCAGCAUUAGAGCACAGAAGGCAUAGUGUGCCUCUGGAAAAGCUCAAAGAGGAGGAAGAAAUGCCGGCUGUUGCAGAGAAGGAUUGGCCAGUGAGACGCCCGGAUUCAGAAGCUGAAUCCAGGAGAUUGACAGAAGCAGUUGCACCAAAGGAUGUCGCCUCUGAAGAACCGGACAGCACCAGUGAUGCUCCGACCACAGAGAGCGACGAAGUGGUGGUGGCAGAAUCUGGGCUGCAGGAGCCUCGGGAGCUGCGGCUUUUAGACAGAAUUCGCGUGGAGGUGGUCUCUCUGAGCCUACACCCAGACAGCCAACCAGUUGCUAAUGAGUCCAUCCAGCAACUCUACGUGGAGUACCGAUUCCCAGGAGUGCCGCUGGCAGAAACAGAGACCCCCUUCUCAUUACGGAAGCCCCUCGGAGGCCAGGAGAUCUACUUCCACUUCAGCAAGGUAAUUCAACUGGAUCCAGACCCUGCAAGCCUCCAGAGGCAGCUGCUCUUCUCCAUGCUGGUGGCAGAGGAACCGCAGGAUCAUCAGUUGCAGUUUAUAGUGGUGAGCGAACCUCUUCCUGGGGCUAGAGGAGAGUGCGAUGAUGUGGGCUUUGCUCACCUGGACCUCCGGGAGAUCCUUCUAACAGGAACUGAUGUACUGGAGCAAAAUCUGCCAGUUGUCAGUUCCCGUAGCCCCAACACCAGCAUUGGCGUGCUGAAAAUCUCAGUAGAAGCAGCAGCUGCUCUGCGACUCGUCUACUGGGCAGGCAAAAGAAAAAGCAACCAAGGGGUCUGA